CAUAAAUAUAUUACUCCCAACUCAUCGCAAACAGAAAAAAACAUUCACCCACUCUGAAUUGAAAAACUCUUCUCGGUCCACAGCCAUAGUCUAUGAUGGGGUCAUCCCAAGAGACCAUCCAACAGCCUCUGCUUCAGUCACAAACUUCAAACACGAAAUCCGAAACAAGCUCAGAGCUUGAGGACACAUUAUCGGACGCUAGGCUUUCCUUGUUUGAGCGUUUUAGGAAAGGAACAUGGAUCGAGUCCAAGCUCCUUUUCCACCUGGCUGCACCGGCCGUUAUUGUUUAUAUGAUCAACUACCUCAUGUCCAUGUCCACCCAAAUCUUCUCCGGCCACCUUGGUAAUCUUGAACUUGCCGCAGCCUCCCUCGGAAACACUGGCAUCCAAGUCUUCGCUUAUGGUCUCAUGUUGGGAAUGGGGAGUGCUGUGGAGACGCUUUGCGGGCAAGCAUUUGGGGCACACAAGUACGACAUGCUAGGCAUAUAUCUUCAAAGAUCAGCGAUUCUCCUCACCUUAACAGGGAUUCUUCUCACCAUCAUCUACAUCCUCUCCAAACCAAUCUUACUAUUACUUGGCGAAUCGCCUGAUAUUGCCUCGGCAGCUGCAAUUUUUGUCUACGGCCUAAUCCCCCAAAUAUUUGCAUACGCCUUAAAUUUCCCGAUACAGAAAUUUUUGCAGGCUCAGAGCAUAGUGGCCCCUAGUGCUUACAUAUCUACGGCUACGUUAAUUAUACAUCUGCUGCUAAGUUGGCUGGCAGUGUACAAAAUUGGGCUUGGUUUGUUGGGUGCAUCGCUGGUUUUGAGCUUGUCCUGGUGGAUUGUGGUGGUUGCUCAAUUUGUAUACAUAGUUAAAAGCGACAAGUGCAGACAUACAUGGAAGGGAUUCAGCGUACAAGCCUUCACUGGCCUGCCGAGCUUCUUCAAGUUAUCGGCUGCAUCGGCGGUGAUGUUGUGCCUGGAAACUUGGUACUUCCAGAUCCUGGUUCUGCUAGCGGGGUUGCUUGAGAACCCAGAGUUGGCCUUGGAUUCACUCUCCAUUUGCAUGACGAUCUCUGGAUGGGUCUUUAUGAUUUCAGUUGGAUUCAAUGCUGCCGCAAGCGUAAGAGUUGGGAACGAGCUAGGAGCAGGACAUCCAAAAUCAGCAUCGUUUUCGGUGGUAAUAGUGACUGUAUUUUCCGCCAUAAUCUCAGUGGCGGCAGCCAUUAUAGUUCUGGCUCUUCGUCACGUCCUUAGCUAUGCCUUCACAGGAGGUGAAGUGGUGGCUGAGGCUGUUUCGGAUCUUUGUCCGCUUCUAGCAUUAACCCUUAUCCUCAACGGAAUUCAGCCUGUUCUCUCUGGUGUGGCUGUUGGGUGUGGAUGGCAAGCUUUUGUUGCUUAUGUAAACGUUGGUUGUUAUUACGUGGUUGGGAUUCCCUUGGGUUCUCUUCUUGGCUUUUACUUUAAGUUGGGUGCCAAGGGGAUAUGGUCAGGGAUGAUUGGCGGCACAGCCAUGCAAACCCUCAUCUUGGUUUGGGUCACAUUUCGGACAGACUGGAAAAAGGAGGUCGAAGAAGCCAGAAAGAGAUUGGUCACAUGGGAGGAUAAGAAAGAGCCUCUUUUGAAGUAGAGAGUCAUCGGACAAUGUCAGCCACAUAAACAAAUACAAAUAACUUGAUUUGUGACAGUGCAGCUCCCUGGCUUCAUACGAAUUAUGGUCCUCAUCAACCAAACUGUGACCCGGGGAAGCGAACUGCCCUUUCCAUCGUUGAGUUUAUUGGCAAGUAUAUACUUUGAUGACUAGAUUAGAUUAGAAAGAACACUGUAUGCAUGACCUAUGCAGCUGAUUGAAAAGUGCCAGCUAUUUCUAUUUUUUCUUGGCGCCU